GGGUCGUUUGCGUGUUCUAGGCUGGAACAACAACAUUGUUAGGUAUAAACGGUAUGUGCGACUCAUAGACGAGUUGGUUCUUCCAUAGCCAAUGAUGGAGGCUUGAAGAGAAGGGCAGGAAACUGGGGAAGCACAGAGCAUAGGAUUGCCGCUUGAUAGACGAAUGAAGAAACUCCCGCGGCAAUGUCUACUGAAUUACGAGAACUUGACGCUUCCUCCGUUUCAGGUAGUAGUGAUGACAGCCAACGUGGGAUGUGCUCGUUGCCGGGAGAGAGUCUCGCAAGUCAUUUCAAGGAUGGACGGAGUGCGUGAAUACACAGUAGAUAUUCGAAAUGAACGAGUGAUCGUAAAGGGGGAUUUCAAGGUCGAAAGGGAGGUCCCAGAUGAAUCGGCCGACCUCCAAAUCAAGAAAGAGGAAGAACAUCAACUCCGCCUCCUCUUCAGAUACUUCAGAACCAGUUGCUUAGGCAAAUACUUUGGCCAUUGAACGUAAUUUCAAUUCGUGCAUAUUACUGUAUGGUAGCAAAUUGAAUUGUUUGCAGGUCGCGGUUUGUAUAUAUCAAGUGAAACGCUGUCCAGCCGAGACUUUCUCCUCAAAACAGAGCAAUGCACAUUCUAGGUGGCAAAUGCCAAUUCUCUACCGCAAA